UCAUGAUGCUGCCAAGCGGCGCUGCGCUGUGUGAGAAAUCAAAGCGCAGGCGUGGAGUCGGGAGGGAGCCUAUCUUGCGCAGACUGGGUACUGUACAUGGCCAUUGAUGCUGCUGGAUAGAUGUAGCCCUGAUGUAAAUAGGAAUGGCGAGGGCAGCGGACAUAAUAUGUCUCGUUAUCUCUGCUUGACAUCGGAACAUUUGAAGCCACCAUCGGGAUUUUACAAAACGCUGGGGCCUUUUCUCGUUUUCAUGUGAAUCUGCCUUGACAGCUCGCCUGAUGCCUUUUAUUUGACACAGGAGCCAAAGCAGACGGGCGGCUUCUUCUAAUAGACACUCGGGAAAAACAGGUCAUUAUGACCUUAGUAUCCUCCAGUAAAAGAAAACCAUCGGAUUGCUUUUACGCGGCAGCAUUCUGCUUGCAUUUUUUGCUUUGGAUUUCGUGUGCUGUGUCCGGAGAGGAGGAUCAUCAUCAGUUCAGCGUUGAGGGAUGGCUACAGAGGUAUGGCUACCUGCCCCGCACAGAACCGGGAAUGUCUGUCCUGCGCUCGGCCCAAACCUUGCACUCAGCCAUCGCUGCCAUGCAGCGCGUCUAUGGUCUCAAUGUCACAGGGACACUGGAUGAGAAAACCAAGGAUGAUAUCACACUGAGUUGGAUGCAAAAGCCUCGCUGUGGAGUACCGGACAAGUUUAAGAUUGCUGCGAGGUCACGGAAGCGGAGAUACGCACUGACAGGACAGAAGUGGCAGCGUACACACAUCACCUACAGCAUAAAAAAUGUCACACCUAAGGUGGGCGCCAGGGAGACUCACGAUGCCAUCCGGCGAGCAUUUGACGUGUGGCAGGGUGUGACUCCCCUACGCUUUGAGGCCGUUCCGUACAGCGCUCUGGAGACUGGCAGGCGUGACGUGGACAUCACCAUCAUCUUCGCUUCGGGUUUUCAUGGUGACAGCUCUCCCUUCGAUGGGGAAGGGGGAUUUCUCGCCCACGCCUAUUUUCCGGGCCCAGGCAUAGGAGGGGACACACACUUUGAUUCAGAUGAGCCAUGGACCCUAGGGAACCCAAACCAUGAUGGUAACGACCUGUUCUUGGUUGCGGUGCACGAGCUGGGCCACGCCCUCGGUCUGGAACAUUCGAAUGACCCGACCGCUAUCAUGGCUCCUUUCUACCAGUACAUGGACACAGAGAACUUCAAACUACCUCACGAUGACCUACAGGGCAUCCAGAAAAUCUAUGGUCCACCAGAUAGAGCCCCGCAGCCCACCAGACCCCCGCCCACAGUCCCUCCUCCUCGCUUCCACCCUCCUUCAGACCCCCGUAAGAAUGAACGCCAUGCCAGACCCCAUCGCCCUCCACAGGGGGCCAAGCCCUCUAACCCCAACUCCAAACCCAACAUCUGUGACGGAGGCUUCAACACCCUGGCCAUCCUGCGGCAGGAGCUCUUUGUGUUCAAGGACCAGUGGUUUUGGAGGGUACGGGACAACUCGGUGGUCCCUGGUUACCCCAUGCAGAUCAACUACUUCUGGAAAGGCUUGCCUCCCAAAAUUGAUGCCGUGUAUGAAAAUAGCGAAGGGAAAUUCGUCUUCUUCAAAGGAAACCGUUUCUGGGUCUUCAAGGACACGACUCUCCAGCCUUCGUACCCUCAGGACAUCUCGCUGUUCGGGAGCGGCAUGCCCACUCAGAGCAUCGAGACAGCCGUCUGGUGGGAGGACGUCGCCAAGACCUACUUCUUCAAAGGAGACAGGUACUGGAGGUACAAUGAGGACAUGAGGACCAUGGAUCCAGGUUAUCCCAAACCCAUCACCAUCUGGAAGGGCAUUCCCGACUCUCCACAGGGGGCCUUUGUGGAUAGGGGCAAUGAUUCUGUUGAGAGACAUCAGAAUAAGAAUCAGCUUAAUUGGCCAGGUUUUACCUACUUUUACAAGGGCAAGGACUACUGGAAGUUCAACAACCAGCUGCUUCGUGUGGAGCCCGGCUACCCGAGGUCCAUCCUGAGGGACUUUAUGGGCUGCGACGGGCUACCUGCAGACCCCGACUGGGACUGGAACCCCCCGGUGGCCGAGGAACGCCACUACGACAACGGUGACGUGGACGUUGUCAUCAAAUUGGACAGCGCUGGGGGCACGGAGAAAGCCGUGGCCAUCGCCAUCCCCUGUGUCCUGGCGCUGUGCAUGAUGGUCCUCCUCUACACCGUUUUCCAGUUCAGGAGGAAGAGCACACAGCGCCACAUACUGUACUGCAAGCGCUCUAUGCAGGAGUGGGUCUGAGGGGCUGUUAUCACUCUGUAUAGAGAGGGCGUGUGAAGCUCUGAUAGAGGUCUAGCUAUUACUUGAAGCCCUAAGUACAGUAAUUGGAAGCACUGUAAAGGGUACAGUUCUUAAGGAUUGCCAUGUUGGCAGAUUUGAAAGCAGCUUGAACUCAUAACAAGCUGCAAGGAAGUAAAGCGAUCAGCAGAACUCAACUGAAGACAUUAAAGGAGCCUCAUCUCCUGUUUCCAACUAAUAUGUAUGUAUCUGCUUUGACUUUUUUUCUGUAUCUUGGAAUGAACUAAAUUAAGUGAGACAGAGUUAAGCUACUGUAAGUGGGACCUUUGUCUAUCCUCGUCUCUGCACGCCGCUUAAAAAGCCCCUAGCACUAACUUCAGUGGACAAAUUAGAAAUAUGGCUUCUACUUUACUUUCAAAUCUUAAUUAAAGCGCUCUGAGCUGUGCUUUUUUUUUUCUUUCAUUUACCGUCCCCAUAAAAUAUUAUUCAUUGUGUGGAGGACUGAUACACAAACCAAAUAUGACCUUUUCUUCCAAAGAGGAUUACUGCUCGAUGUUGUUUUUGAUGGGAUGUUUUUUCCUCCAUGGAUCGAACAUUGUUGCAUCAUACUCAGAUUUUCUUUUAGCCAUCGGCAUUCACAUCCACUCGUCUGCUCUGUAAUCUGUGUCGAUGGGAAGCAGCAGUUAGUAAGAGCUUGGAACUCAAGACUGUUGUGGCAGUGUAUCUCCAAACGGGGGCCGAAAACCUCUCUGCAAUAUUUAUGAGACUGCCUUAAUCACAGAAUGCUUAAACUCCCUUCCCUUUCUCUCUGUUUCUCUGGUGUGGAAGCUGAAUAAUAAGUGACACAGUAGGAACACAAACAGUGUAUAAAGGCAUUCAUUGCUGCCCAUAAUGCAACUGCAAAACUAGUAGUAUAGGACAGUUUCGAUCCACACCGGGUUCAUUACUCUUGAAAAUGUGCUAAGCAGUGCUAAAUACCUGAUGGCUAGCAGGCCAUCAGCUUUCAUUUACUGCCCCACCUGAGGGUAUGAGAGAGAAAGCGAAGGCUAGUUGUGUGAGUGUGAAACAGACAGUACCCACACUAUAAAUGUACUGUAGAGUUACCAUCCUGCUUCCCUUUUUCCUGGCAAGUUUGGACACUAAUACUCCAUACGGUGUUAGGCCAUGCAUUUUAAAGAGCUUUUCUUUUCAACUUUUGUACAAGGUUUACAUUAUAUUUCACAGAGCACGCAGAGAGUUAGUGGAGGAAAGAGAACGUAUACACACAGUACGUUUCAUUAAUCACUGCAUCUAUGGUCAGUGCUUUUGCCCAGAUUGCUCCAUCUUCUCACUAAGUUAUUGCGAAUAGUUUCUGUGAAAAUGCAAAGUAAACAAAACAUUAAGAAGGAAACACACAUCUAAAACAAUAACAGGAUAUAAUCUGCAUAAAUAAAGACACUUAGGCAAAUUAUUGUCUCGAUUGUCGAGUUCAAUAAUAGAAUCAGGUUGUUCAAUGCACUGUAAACACAUUUACUAUUAUAACUAUUAACAAAUUACUAAUAAAUGCUUAUAGAACUACUCUAACAUUGGAAUUAACAAAAACAGAACUAGCAAAACUAAGUCUGAUGACAAAUAUGUUACAUAUAUAUCGUGAUCUAUGAAUAUGCCUUUAAAUGACAUAUGUUUCAAACUGUUUAAUCAGCUGAUUAUGAGAACCAAUAAUAUAACAUUAAAAAGCAGACUCUCUUUGACGUGAGUUGGAGCAAAGGAUUUUUCCCCGUCCCCAUGUAUUGUAUGAUGAAUGCAAUACACAGCCUGGAUCCUAAUGAAAUACAUUGUCCUGCAAUUGCCUUUGAUUGUUGCCAUACAUGUAACGAUGUGGUUGUGUGGUGUAGCGUUUCUCAGAGUUUGCCGGAUGUCAGUGAGCAUCCAUGAUGUGAUUUUGUUUUCCUAUAAAUAUUCGUGCUUUGUUACUCUUUUACUUGAAAUGGUCAUCAACAUCAACUGUACAGGAUAUCUGACAUCAUCUUUAAUAUCAAGGCAAAGCUAUUUUAAUGCCAUAUCUCAGAAGAAAUUAAGAGAUUUUAACAUGUCUAUAAUCAAUGAAUUAUCUAAAGAAGGGUUAAGGGGUUGGAUCUUGAUUGAUGGGUUGAACCUUUAUUAGAUGUGGUUUUAUCUUGUCAUCGUUGGUAAGGGAUAAAAACUUUAAAACCUAUGGGCAAUGCAUGCCGUUGUAAAACUAAGAUGUCAUUCUUUCAUGGAUCAUUCAGACACUCUUCUUCUGUUCAGUCUCUCCCAUUGUGACUGAGCAGCACUGCAGGUUUCUGUUGGAUGCGUUGACACAUCCAAACUGUCAUCUUUUAUAAAAAACAAAAUGUGAAAUUACUAGCUUCCAACCGGUCCUCCCUGUUCCAAUCUUCAGUCGAUUGUCAAACUGAUGAAAGAAAAUGUACGCAGGCAGGAACAUCUUUCCUAAAGCAGUGCUGAAUUGCAGCACGAAUCACACCAUGUUGAUCUACGACCCACGGUAAUUUAAGGCGGAAGAAAAACCCUCGGCUCAGUGUUGUGUGUGAUGUCUUAUCAGUUUUGUGUGUUUGUGGUGAGGCUCUGAUGGCUCCAGCGAGAGUGAAUUAAAGACGGCCACCGAUGCGAGUCGGUACUGUAUUUAUUUCCGUAUUUAUUCCUCUGUGCUCAGCACCACAGAUCUUGCAUUGCAUUGUACUGAGGACAAGAAGCUGUCAAUAAAGUGGGUUUGAAAUGACACGUUUUUUUCUACCACUCCCAUGUAAUUGUCCACCUUCUGUUACUGCCUAAGCAACAAAUGAUCUGCAGCGUAGGUUUUUCCAAUCUUUGAAAGGUAAAUCACAAACUUGAAAAGGUUACAUAUACGAAAUGCUCUUUUUAACACCUGAAUCACUUGAAUAACUUGACAUUUUAGAUGUGAAUUAAGUGCAAGGUGGAAGUGUCAAUGCUCUGACCUGUCCCUGUUUAUCUUCAGACGCCUCCAAUUUUUUUUUGUCUGCCUUGACACACUGCAUAGCAUUCAACUAAUUUAAAGUGUUGUUAAAGGAAGUAGAUGAGACUGAUUAGACAGCAGUCGAUACAUCAGAGAGACAAGGGUACGGACGAGACAGGGGACAUUUUGCAAUCAUUGCCGUCACAAUCUUGUCUACAUGAAGUAUAUACUGUAUACCGCAUAGUGUAUGAGAAGUAAACAUUGCAUAAUAUGUACAUAAAGAGUGUAUAUUGUCUGCUUGGGAGGAUUUUGUUUUUAAAGUCAUUCAUUACAUGGAUAAAGAAAAUGCUGUGUGUUGUAAAUAAAACAAGUGCAUAAA